GGCGUCCUAUCUGCCAUUAAUAUGACAAGAACGCGAAUACAUGACAGGGGUAUUAUGCCGACAGUGUACAGAAGUCACAGUCCUCACCAUAUUAAGUAGUCUUAGCCUCCUUGGCAGCCUCCUCAAGAGCAGCCAUCUCAGCCGCCUUCUCGGCCUCAGCUCUCGCAAUCGCAGCCUGGGCCGCCUCGAACGCUUCUUGGUUCGCGCGUAUCUCAGUCUGCUCACGUCGCCAAGCCGCGAGCUUCUGUGGGCACAUGCGGUGAAGGACGCUCUCGGACUCCCAGGUGUUGGCCGACAUGCGUGUUCCCGCCCAGUACACGAGGUACUGCUUGGAGCCUGGGGCGCCGGUAGCAGCGGGGCGCUCGGCGAGGAUCUCCUCAAUUACUGCCUUGUCCUUGCUGUUCUUGCGGCGAGCUGGGCCGUCUGACUUGGGACGGAGAAAGCCAACGGUAGGGUGGUUGCCACGGAAGGGAAUUGGGCCCGUCUUGGGCGACUUGGUAGGCUCAGCUGCCUUGGGUUUGGGCUCUGAAUUAACCCCUGCAGCAGUGAGGUCGAUGGUCUCUGCCUCUGGGCGUAGCUCCUCUGCUGGGUUGUCAUCUGAGCUGUUUCCAGCCGAACUUGAUGUCACGGGACGAAGUGUAGCUUUCUAAGCUCGCUUGGGUCCAGUGACACCAGAAAUUCUUGAGAGCUCUUCGUCGCUCUCGGGGUUUUCUUGGGACUUGUUGUCGUCGAAAAAACGGUCGAGAUUGCGCUUUGUGUUCCGGGUCGACAUCCCGGGGACGAGUGUUUUCUCCAUGGGACCCAUCCUGCCCUUUUCUUUUAGUACAUAUCGUGAAUUUUCAGGUCCGUAAACGGCUGAAAUGAGCUGUAAAUGCACAGGUGGAAUAAUGUAG